AUGGUGGUGUUCGUCGACCUGGACAGCGAUGCCUUUACCGAACAUCCCGGUUCAAUCCCGGGCAUCCCAUUCCCAUACCCGUCCAAGCUGACCGGCGCGUCUGUCGCGACCGCAGCAACAGCUACGGCCGAGCUCUCUUCCUCCCCCACAUUCUUAAACGAAGACCAAGACCAUGAUCGCCAUCGCGAAUGCGACCGCGACCGCGACCGCCACACAAAUAUCCAGACCUCAUCCUCAACAUCAGACAUCCCUGCCGAGGAGCCGGUAAAUCUGAACCGGAGUGCCUUCUCUGCUGCUCUGAGCUGUUACCCCAUUGUCAAGGAAAUCGCUCGCGCUAUCGACCUAAACACCCUCUACGACCUCUCGCGCACAUGUCGCCAGUUCCACGCAAACCUGGCACCCUUCCGGCACCAGCUGGUGCGAGAGACUCUUCGCUGCGAGAACCAGUAUAUAGAGACGGUCUCCGAGAUGCUAGAUGCCGGGACCGCUAUUCCCAGCAGCGUCAAGUCGGUCCUACAAUUGCUGAGCAAUGGUAACUCAGAGCCGGGCCGCAUGACGCGCGGCAAAGUGGGCAGGUGCGCACGAGACAUGGUGGGCGAGUGUCAGCGUUGCAGCAAGGUUGUUUGUAGGAAUUGCACUAUAAAACCUCCAUCACAAUCAACCAUGAAGGGACGCAUUCGCCGAUUAUGUCGCACAUGCAACACAGCUCCGCUCUCCCAACAUCUCUCAGGCAUGGGAUGGACAGACGGGUCAUAUGACGCACUUGAUACCGACCGCAAGGCAGUGGUACUGUCUCAAAAUAUCUGCCGUUGUACUGACACAGUCUGGCUUUGUGUGCAAUGCGGCCAGAAUCUACGCAGCAGCGAUACCACCUACCGCCGCGUUUGGGCCUGGCGCACCCGGUACAGCACGUAUCUCGGUGGUGGUCUGGGUACCGGCAUCGGCGAAGGAUGCCAAGGGGUUAAAUGCGGGCGUGGGGAAUUUUGUCUCGCAGGUCAGGAAAUUGAGCUUGAGGUUGACUGUGAAGCGGAUGAGGGAUCAAGUGAUACCAGCAGCACGGGCUAUCAUAGUCCGGUUAGCCAUACACCAGCAACGGCGCCGGCGUCUUCGCUUUACCAGCAGGAACUGGCUUCUUCUGAUAGUCAUGACGAUGAGGAACCGGGGUACUUCCGGCAAGAGGUUAUUGGUUUAGGAGGCGUUGUGAAGCAUAAAUCGAAAAAGAGGGUUAUGGUUGGUGCUUGUGUGGUUGAGUAUGAGGAUGAGAGGGAAAAGGGGAGUUAUCUUGAGAGAGAAGAGAGUGGUUUAUAUCGGGCCUGGUGUGGAUGGUGUUCCAAGGUGAUUCCGGCAUAG